CACUAUGCCAUGUUAUGCAGAUACAAUUGUGAGAGUAAAAUAUGUUAGCCAUACGACAAAGGAUGAUAGUAAUUUAAUUGUCGUAUGGGCUGUCGGUUCAUAUCCAGUUGGACGUGAAGAUAGUGAGAUUGAAAUGGUUUUAUUUGUACCAACUAAUGUUAGUGAUAGAGAUCCUGAGACUCAAGCUGUUUUUGAGAGGGAUGGGUUUUAUUCUGUCGGUGGUAAGAUUAUACCUGGAUAUUAUGGAGGUAAAAAAAGGCCAAAGAUGACAGUUUCGAUUUCAACUGUUGUGAAAAUUUUAAAUAAUGAUGAUAUGUCGAACAAAUGUCCACUGAAAAUUUCUUUAAUCGGAAUUCCUCAGGAAUUAUCAAAGCAUAAAUUUAUAGUUAAAGUUGUUUUCCCACAUUCUAAUUCGCGUCUUGGGCAUUUGAAGAGUACAGUUCGCCCACAUGAUUCGCUUAUUUUCGUUGUUGGUCAGUUGGAAGUUAUCGAUAACGAUUUUUAUAUCUAUGCAAAGGAUAUUAAUUUCGUUGAUAUUAAUCAUUUUAAGCAGAAAAUUUUGGAUGACGGUAAUUCGAGUAAUUCGUCUGAAGUGGUUAAUUUGACUCGGUCGAAACUUCUUUUUACACAUCGUAAUGUUAAUGAAAACUUUAAGGAUAUCGCUAAGGUUGAGAGUUCAUCUACUGCGAUUUCGAAUAAUGAUUUAUCGUCGAUGAGUGGCACUUCGAAACAUGCAAGAAUUGAAGAUGAUAAUGAAUCUAUAGAUGUUUUUGAUGAUAGUGAUAGUAGUUAUGUAAAGUUGGAUGAAGCUAAUAGUUCGAUUGAAGUUGUUGAAAAUGAAGUUGGAGGAGAGUUAGGAAGUGAGGAAUGUUUAGAGAAUAUUGUGUGUAGUAGUAAAAAAGGAAAGGAUUAUGCAAGUCGUUCUUUGCGUGAUCGUUCUUUGC